AGUAACAGUUGUGUAUCGAAAAAAUUGUUCAUCCAACAAACCAUGGUGAUAUCGAGGUGUAGAACGUGUAGUUUCCCCUAGAAAAACCCUUUGCAAGAUUGACGUACUGUCAUCUCAGUUUUUUACUCUAUUUAUUCAGCUUGAUUCAGCUAUGCGCCAUUUAGUGCAAUAGAUCGGCGGAUGUCUGCAGAUUUUAGCACAUCUUUAAAUAAAACGCGACAGAACGUAAGUGCAAUGGCUGGGUGGUUCUGACGUCGCGACGUCUGCGCGACUUUUCAGCCACCCGCUUUCGCAUUAUUUCGUGUGAAAAUUUCAUGCCGGCACGUAGUUUUCUUCAGUUGAGUGCGAUUUGCAUACAUUUUUUGUUGGUUCGUGUUCAGUGAGUGCAGUGUGGCGACCUCGGUGGUUUCUGAGAGGUGACCGAGACGUGACAGAUAACAACAACAAACAAUCCUGCAAUACAACUUUCCAAAAUUAAAAAAAAAAAACUCUCAAGACUGUUUAAAUUAUAUAAUAUAGUUAUUCUCGUAGUUUUAAAGGAAGCAAGGGGCGGUAAAUGAAGAAGCAUGCAACACAGUGAGAGAGAAUCAAAAGACGGAUCUAGCUAUUUAUUUAAUUAUUAAUUAAUAAUAUUAAUAACUUGUUAUAAUUACUUUCCUAGUUAUUCAUUGUAUUCUAUAGAUUAAUACGUAUGAAAUGAUUAUUUGGAUUCGGCUGUAUCGAAACAUUUGAGUUCAUAAUGGUCACGGUAAUAGGGUCUAAAAGCGAGGUAUUUAUCUGACAAAGUCGACUUGGUUUUUUAAUGGAGGAUCAUGGACAUGGCAUCGAACGUUUCGUUGAGGAACAACAAGCAAAGGAAAGAGAACCUUAUUACGAGGAAGCAGGAUAAGUCCCCGGAGAAGACCAUAAGGGGUACAAGGGGCGCGUACAGAGGUAUCCCGUCGACCUCGAAGCGAACGGACGAGGAGAACGAUGCAAGCUCCACAGAAAGACUGGACAGACCAAAGAAAUUUAUAUCGCAGAAGAGCAACUAUGGUUUGGGGAAGAGGCCCGACUUCUUGAAGAACAGAAACGUGCAUUUAACUUCGUCUCGUUAUGGACAGAUGACAUCAGGCCUCCACGGCCAUGGCCACCAGAUCUCUCAACCCGCCCACCACCUCGACUCGAACGUGCUAGCACCCAAGGAGAAGACCGUCCACGGCAAAGAGAAGACAUUCAAAGUAGUGGUGGGGAGCGAGGUGGGCGUGAUGAAGACCCCGGUGCUGGGCCCGCGGCCAUACAACGCGCUGGCCAUCAUACACACGCAGCAGAGCAACACCUUCGAGAUGCUCAACUCGCUCACCACCAGCGUCGCAAGCCAGCCAGUUGUGGGUGUAGGCGUGGGGGUGGGCGUAGGCGUGGGCGGCUACCGGCGCCGCAGCUCCGGCACGGGUGCGCUGUGCGACCCCGAGCUCGACGACAGUGGCAACAAGCUCGUCGCGCGGCUCGAGGACGACGCCUUCAUAUCGGAGCAGGACCUGGAGGAGAAUAUCGAGAUAGAGACUGCCACACAGCAACGUCUUCCACACCCCACCACCGACCCCACCGGUGAGGUGCAGCAGGAGGAACAGCAGAAUGGUCUGGUAUAUAGCCCUAUAUACAAGCUGGAUAAAUUGGAGUUGGAGAAGGAAAAGAAGGAAGACAAAGAAGAUGAGGAGGAGCCCAUUGGGGUAUCGCCAUGUGGCAGGUUCUUCAAGUACGACAAGGAGGUGGGACGCGGUUCGUUCAAGACAGUGUACCACGGGCUCGACACGCAGACCGGCGUCGCUGUCGCUUGGUGCGAGCUGCUGGAGAAGAAAUUGAACAAGACAGAACGUCUCCGGUUCCGAGAGGAAGCGGACAUGCUGAAGAAACUCCAGCAUCCGAACAUUGUAAGGUUCUACAACUAUUGGGAGGGCACCGUCGCCAAGAAGAAGAACAUCGUCCUCAUCACAGAGCUCAUGCUGUCCGGGACCCUAAAAGCCUACCUCCGCCGAUUCAAACGUAUCAACCCCAAGGUGCUGAAGUCAUGGUGCCGGCAAAUUCUCAAGGGACUCAACUUUCUGCAUUCUAGGACCCCACCUAUUAUACACAGAGACCUGAAGUGCGACAACAUCUUCAUCACAGGGACCACGGGCAGCGUCAAGAUCGGCGAUCUUGGCCUCGCCACACUUAAGAAUAGGAGCUUCGCCAAGUCUGUUAUAGGCACGCCCGAAUUCAUGGCCCCCGAAAUGUACGAGGAGCACUACGACGAAGGCGUCGACGUCUACGCCUUUGGCAUGUGCAUGCUGGAGAUGGCAACUAGCGAGUACCCUUACAGCGAAUGCUCCGGGCCCGCGCAGAUAUACAAGAAGGUCGUCUCGGGAGUGAAACCUCAAAGCUUGGAGAAAGUCACAAUACCUGAAGUACGGGACAUCAUUGAGUCAUGCAUUAGGCCAAAUAAAGCUGACAGGCCUAAAGUGAAAGACCUUCUGAACCACGAAUUCUUCGGCGAGGACAUCGGGCUGCGACUGGAGAUCGUAGGCCGCGACCUGGUCACCUCCUCCGACAUCACCAAGAUACAAUUCCGACUCAAGAUUAUCGAUCCCAAGAAGAGAUCGUACACGCACAAGGAGAAUGAAGCGAUCCAAUUCGAGUUCGACAUGGAGAGUGACGAUUGCGAGGAGGUAGCCAACGACAUGGCGAAGGCCGGCCUCAUCAUGGAGGAGGACGCGCGGAUCGUCUUCAAGCUGCUCAAGUCGCAGCUCAUCAGUCUCAAUCGGGAGAGGAGUGAGAAGAAAGCUCAGAUGCUGUUCAACCAGGAACUGAUCAACGAGCAGAACAUACAGAAGCAGCUACUGCUCGAACAACAGCUACGGCAGGUCAAGAUGAUACAGAAUCAGCAGCAAGGUGGUCCAGCAGAGCAGGUGAAGGCGGGACUGCUUAACGGCGUUGGCACACAGCCGGCCCUUGGCGGGGUGCAAUUGGAGCAGCAAUCCCAGUUGCUACAAGCACAGCAACAACUCCUCCAACACCAGUUCCAGCAGUUGAACAAUCUGAACAACGAGGAGAAGGCGAUAAAGCUGCUCCAGCACAACCUCAUACAGGCCAGGAUCUCGCCAAGCGAUCAGCAGUUAUUCCAGCAGCAACAAGCACUGUUAGAGCAGAACAUCAAACAACAGGUAAUGAUGGAACAGAAUCUCUUGAACCAACAAAUACUGGAGCAAGCGACAGUUCAAGGUCAGUUAAUGGAGCAACAAGCGCAGCAAAAACUACUAGAAACAAAUACAUCACAGGGCCAAAUACAGCCGACAUUACUGAACCAACAACUGACCGCAGAGCUGAGCAACCAGAACCAGGUAUUGCAGCAACAAAUCAUCCAGCAACAGCAGAACAUAAUAGCCCAACAGGCGGUCGCAAUACAACAGAAGCAGCUAGAGGAGCAGUUGACUCAGGAGAACAUAAUAAGCACACCGCAGAAUCUCGUCACCGGCCAAAUACUGGAUCCGUCACUACAGAAUCUUCAAAAUAUUCUAUCGCAGAUAAUUCAGAGACCAGACACGUUGCAGUCAAGAAAAGAAUCGGAGUCAGAAAAUCAGCAAGUCCAGCCGCAACAAAUUCAGCAAGUAGUAAAUCAACAAUCAGAAAAUGUAGAACAACAAAUCCAACAAGAACAGGAUAUUCAGCAAAUGCAAAAUUUGAUUGGUGCACAAAUUCAACAACAAAACAUGAAUAUCCAACAGAAUCAGCAAUACAUGCAGCCGAUUCUUACUGGUGUGGAUCCUGCGAUACUAGCCCAACAAGAACAAGUCGCGCAGGCUCAGCAGCAAAUAUCUCAGGCCCAACAUCAGCUAAAUAUGCAGAAGCAGGUGUUGGCGCAGCAACAACUGGUGCUUCAACAACAAUUACUACAGCAUCAACAAUUACAGAUGCCGGGGCAGACAUUGUCACCACAGCAUUUGAGAAAUCUACAGCAACAGCAGUAUCUAGCUCAGCAGGAGUUGCAGCUGCAGACUCAGCAAAAUUUUAUCGAAAGACAGAAUCUCGCAUUGCUGGCGCAGAAACAGCAGUUAAUGGGGCAGCAACAACAGAAAGUAGAGGAGAUACUCCGAGCUCAGAGGCCAAUGUAUACAAGACAGGGAUCGGAACAGAGUCAAAUCAGUACGACAGAUAUUCAUGAGCAGCAACAGACAUUGAUUCCGGACCACUAUCAGCAGAAAGCUCCCUUGCAGCCUCAAAUGUCAAUGGAGCAAAUGCAGUAUCAGAAUCAAUACGCCGAUAUGCAGAGUCAAAUGCAGAAGCAGCAAUCUAUACCAUCUGAAGACCACAGCUACCAGCAUCGAAUGCAUCCAAUGCAGGGACAAUCUCUACCGCACAAUAUGCAAAUGGCUCAGAAUUUUAAUGUGGUGCAACAGAGCGAGGUGCAGAUAUCUAGUCAUGAAGGCACGCCAGUGCAGAAUUAUACUGCUAACCCACUUCAGAUGUACCAGCAAGGUCAGAGCCAGCCUAUGCAGUCGAUGCUGCAGAACAUGCAGUAUCAAGUUGAUCAAAAUUUAUCAUCGUCUGUGACACAGAACAUUCCCAAAUCAGUUCCUCAAGAACCGCCUGCUCAACAAAUCACGACUACGCAAUCAGUACCAAACACGGUCUCUUCUGUCCCACAGUCGAUGUCGUCUGUUCCACAAUCCAUUCCUUCCAUUCCUCAACCCGUUCAAUCUAUACCACAGCCUAUUCAAUCACUUCCUGUAUCUGUACCUCCAUCUUUGCCUCAGUCUAUGGUGUCUGGUCCACAAGUUCCACAAUCUGUCCCUCAGCCAAUUCAAUCUAUCCCGAAGACGAUUCCUCAACCUGUAUCAUCAGUUCCUCAACCAAUUUCCUCGGGUCCUCAACCAGUUUCUUCUACUUCUCAACCCGUUUUAGCUGCUGCUCAACCCGUGUCUUCCGCCCCUCAAUCUGUCACGCAGCCUACGUUUAUUCUACCGUCCAUUCCAUCUGUUCCACCGGUCCAAGAAUUAGUCCCGCAACAGCUUAAUCUACCAUCGGAGCACACGGAGGGUUUCCAGAGUAAUGGUGGGCAGAAAGAGCAGUUCUUGACGCCCAUGAGCGAGUUCCCUUCUGGCGCGACACACAGUGAUACCAUCAGACACCCAGAGUUGAGCUCGGUGGAAGAGAAGCAGGCUGAGACGCAACCGGAACCGGGUACAGCGAUACCAUCACCGAUAUCUGGCGACAAAAAGUCCCGAGGCUCCAAGAAGCGGUCCCGCGAGAAGGACAAGCUGCCCAAACUGACCGUGCUCGAGGUGAACGAGACAGCCAACGUGGUGGAGUGCCAGCUCGAGUCCAAGUCCAAAACGGUCACGUUCAAGUUUGACGUCACCGAUGUCAACCCAGAGGAGAUUGCCAGCAAUCUGGUAUCAAACAACCUGCUGCCCGAAUGGCAAAGCGCGACCUUCAUGGAACUGAUCAAGGACAUAGUGAACCAGCUGAUCACCAACCCCGGAGUCACGCCCGUGCUCAACCCGGCACACCACUCUGCGCUCAGGCUAAACAUUGAUAAGACUGACUACGACUCGGAGACAACAGAGCGCGAGGAGAAUUUAACGGACUCGAACCAGGACAACUCAGAGUGCACGACGCCCACCGCCAGCCACGACAACAUCGCAGCAGAGCUCGCCGAUGAGCCCGAGCCCGAGCGCGAGCGCGAACCCGAGCACGCGGAGCCGCUGCCCGCGAGGCCGCCGCAUGUCGACGCCGCCUCCAGGAAGAUCAGCACCGCAUCAUCUAUAGGUUCCAAUCAAUCGGACGGCGGAUCGAUGGCGCCGGAGCGUUCUGGCAGCACAGAAUCACAGAACGGAGAGAGAAAGCUGCAGAAGCCGUCUCGCAAGAUAUCAAGAUUUCUAGUCAGCCCCGUCGUCGACCGGGGAGAGGAGGUCCCUGAGGAGAAACUUGAGCCACAGGAGAAGUCCGAGGUCAAGGAUCAGGUCAACGGCCUCCCCGAGAAAGAGGGUCCAGUCAUUCCGCAGGAGAACUAUGUUCCUACCCAUCAGUAUUCCGCACCCACUCAAGUUCCGCACCCACUAGUGAUAGACCACAGACCCGUAGAUGUAAAACCUGAACCGGAAACAGUGACCAGGGACCAGCCCUACUCUGGCCCCAUCCCCUCCACCGUGCAGACAGCCCCCCAAAUACCAGUUCAGAGCAUAAUGAAUCCGGUAUUAAACGCAACGCUACAACCCAACUUGAACCUAACUACCCCGCUGCAGAUCGCGACGGAUACGCCACUGCUGGGGUUGAGUCAGGUCGGGACCCCGAUGGGGAUGGGGGCCGAAUUGGGACUGGGGUUGGGGCUGGCCGCCCCUCUUCACCCCACGUUGACGCCUACCCCGCCGGUGUCCGAUUCGCUGCCUAACGCUGAAAAUAUACAGAGGAUGUUACUCAAGCAAAAUAUCAUAAACCAACAGCAGAACAUGUCGGGUCCCAAUCUCUUAGGAUUACUGAAUCAGCCGCAGUUCCCACAGCCCGACCUCAGCCUCCACAACACAAUACUCAGCAACUCACAGCCAGUGGCCGGGAUGGCUGGCGUGGCCGGAGUGGCCGGAGUGACUGGCCGCCUGCCGCCGCAGUACCCUCAGCAGAAGUACUAUCAGCCGAUGCUCGCCACCGCUAACGAUUUUAUAGCUCAGCAACAAGCUUUGCAAACGUCGGUGAACCAGUUGGCCAACCAGCAGAUGCCAGGGUUCGGACUCGGGCUGGGUCUCUCGGCGCCGUUGCAGUCCAGUCUCGGCACCAAUCUGGGCUUGCAACAACAGAACAUCAACCUCGCCACGCAAAACCUUGCGCUCAAUCAGAACUUGAUGAGCCAGAAUUUGGGGCAAAAUUUAGGUCUAGCAGGCCAAAACUUAGGAUUAAGUGGUCAGAAUCUCAUAAACAGCCAGAACCUGGCACUGAGUGGUCAGAACUUGACGCUGAGCGGUCAGAACCUCGGCCUAAUGGGGCAGAACCUCGGGCAGCUCGUCGCGCAUAGAGCUGUGCAUCACGCGUUAGCGCGCAGGGCUGUCGACAUGGAGAUGGCGGGUAUGACGAGCGUGAACUCAACGGGCUCGUCGCAGCCGAGCACGCCGAAUAAGGCACAGUCGUACAACGAGUACAUGAUCACGUUGCAGCACAAGCUCGCCUCCAUUUCCAACAGUGGUCCUGUGUCGCCGCAGUCCCCGCUCGAGUACAGCCCAGCGCUGUCGCCCACUCAGCGACCGCUGAAUGCGCUUCAAGCGCUGCAUGCGCUGCACAAGGCGGAGGGUUGCGAUGUUAUGGAUGUGAGUGAGGGCAAACGAUCUGUGGGCCAACACGUGGCGCAGCUAGCCGACCUGGACCACGAGCUGAGCAAGAUCAGCCUCCACUACAAACAUGAUCAGCCCAAGGACGUGUUCAGCGAGCACAGCGCGGACGAGCACGACAUUUUAGCGGGCAACAUCAGCGACAACUCGGCCAACGUGUACGAAGACGCGAAGAAUGUGGGCGCGGGCGCAGGCGGUGUGGGCGCGUGCGGCGGCGGGCGCGGCGCGGGCGCGGCGGGCGCGGCGGGCGGCGGCGCGCGGUACCGCGUGGCGCGCGCGCAGCCCUGCCGCGGGUACGCGCUGUGCCGCCUGCUGCACCACCACCACCACCACCAGCACCAGCACCACCAGCACCAGCACCAGCACCAGCACCAGCACCAGCACCACGCGCACGUGAAAGAUAAACUGGAUAUGGUAUCGCGGACGGAGACGAGCGAAUCGGUGGGAACGGGCGAAGUGGCGGAGGGCGAGGGCGGCGAGGAGGAGCUGUCGUGCGGCGACAACAACUCGUCGUGCUCGGACUCGGCGGCCGACACGUACAUCAUAACGGACUCGGCGCGCGCCACCACCUACCUGCUGACGGACGCGCUCGCCGACACGAUCGCCACCAUCAUCGACCCAAGCCGCUCGCCGCCGCCGCCUGCUACGCAGAGUGAACAAACGAAACCUAGUCCCGAUAGGCCAGCUGAAGACCACGAACGGAGCUACCUGAUCGUGGACCCGGCACGGGAUAUGACUUGUACUGUGAUAGACGGCACCCUCAAUCUCGAGGAAGACCAGACCUUCAGCGCUUUCGUUGAGGGCAAGUACUCAACGGAGGCGGCCGAUAGAAGUCAGACAGAGGCGACUGAGAGUGUAUCUGCGUCGGAGGAACUGUCUCGGUGGCGGCACGUGGAGGAGCCGGAGCGGACGUGGCGGGACGGCGGACUGUACCCGCUGGUCCGCGGAGGACUUGCCGCGCACGUCGUCGUCGACGAGACGCUCACCGACAGAGCCGUGUGCCGGCAGGUGGUGUUGCUGUCGCUGCAGCCGGCGCCGGCGCAGUUAUGACAUGUGUAGCGAUUCACCUUGUACCUUAUAUUUAUUGUACGCUGUAACAUAUACUAUAUCAUUACCCGUAAAUAAAAUAUUCAUAUGUGAUAUCUAGA